GUUGCCACUCUUUCAAGCUCCAGUGAAAAGGGUUUUCCAGAUUUGGAGAAAAGAUAGCUUUUUAUAUAAUUUUUUUGAAGCAUUUGAAGAAAAGAAAUGGUACAGGGAUUAGGGAAGGAGAGACCUUUUUGGUAGAGACGGUCGUGGUUGUGUUUCUAACAUUGGUAGUUGCUGAUGGGGUUGUGGGAAUUCCUGAAGACGACCUUUCGGUGGGUUUUGAAGAGCGUUUUGCUGUUGUUUUUGGAAGUUGAGAGUCCAUGGAAGAAGGAAAUGACAAGCUAGAAACAAACGUUGCAGAACCAGUAGCUGCCAUUUGAGAAAGCCUAGGUCCAGGUAACGUCGUAGAAGCUGCUGGUUUCAACACCAGACACGACAAAUUCUCCAUUUCUCACGCACUAGAGUGUGUAAAGGGAACCAAUUCUCCGGCUUCUUGCAAGAAUUGAAAACAAGGCAAUUGAGGCUUUUUUCUUAUCCGCAGCAACCGCAGUCUGACACUGGCCCCAACGGUGUCGUUUGGCACCCAGGACAGGGAGAGUCAGUAGAACGCUGCGUUUUUAGGAUCCAGAGAAAAUGGAUAUGAAUUACACGCAAAGCCAGCGAAGAAGAUAAACUAUUAAGAAGGCACUAUACUCUAUAAACGCUUCUAACUCGGGAGUCUAAACUGGCUUUGAUCGAAUUCUGAUUUGUUUGACCGCUGAAAAAGGAAAACGGAGAGAAAUGCUAAGGACUUUGGUGAGGAAAGCAGCUUCAGCUUCUUGGAGAGUCAAUUCAGCCCCAUGUAUAAUAGCUAAUCCAAUCCAACGUCUCCAAACGAAGCACUUCUCUAUAGGACUCCUUCCUGAUGGAGUCAACCGAAACUCCGACACUUUUGCCCAAAACUCCGACGCCAUGGAGCGUCUCUUAUCUGAACUCCAAUCCCACAUCAACAAGGUUCUUGCUGGAGGAGGAGAAGCCGCUGUGAAGAGGAACAGGAGCAGAAAUAAGCUUCUUCCGCGGGAACGAAUCGAUCGUCUUCUUGAUCCUGGUUCUUCUUUUCUCGAAUUUUCUCAGGUUCCUUUUGCUAUUUCUUCUCUUUUAAACUGGGUCAUUUAUCUAGUUGAUAGUGGAGGCGCUUUUCUUCCAAAGCAAGCUGAGGUAUUUCCAGACAAGGAAAAUUUUGGCAGAAUUUUUUAUAAUCAAGCUACCAUGUCUGCUCAAGGCAUUCCUCAAAUUGCAUUGGUCUUAGGGUCUUGUACAGCUGGGGGUGCCUAUAUUCCUGCCAUGGCUGAUGAAAGUGUAAUGGUUAAAGGAAAUGGUACCAUUUUUUUAGCUGGACCUCCUCUUGUCAAGGCUGCCACUGGAGAGGAAGUGUCUGCGGAAGAUUUGGGUGGUGCUACUGUUCAUUGUAAGACCUCAGGGGUUUCAGAUUAUUUUGCUCAAGAUGAAAUGCAUGGACUUGCUCUUGGGAGGAACGUUGUGAAGAACUUGCACUUGGCUGGGAGGCAAGGGAUGUUGAAUGCAUCUCCUAGCAUAAACGUUGAUUAUAAAGAACCAUUAUAUGAUGUGAAGGAACUUCGUUCGAUUGCACCAGUAGACCACAAGCAGCAAUUUGAUGUCCGAUCAGUUAUUGCUCGUAUUGUUGAUGGAAGUGAAUUUGAUGAGUUCAAGAAACUGUAUGGAACUACACUUGUAACUGGUUUUGCUAGAAUUUUCGGACAACCUGUAGGGAUCCUUGGAAAUAAUGGGAUAUUAUUUAAUGAAUCUGCACUUAAAGGGACUCAUUUCAUUGAACUUUGUUCUCAACGUAAUAUUCCUUUGGUCUUUCUUCAGAACAUCACUGGAUUUAUGGUACAUGAUCCCACACUUUCCUUCCAUUACAUUUUUUAUGAAGCCUUUCUUGGUGCACAGGCUGCUGGCGUGUUGUCUCAAAUUGAAGGGGCCAACAAGAAAAGGCAAGGAAUUCAGUGGACAAAAGAAGAAGAGGAGAAGUUCAAGGCUGAGGUUGUGGAGGCAUAUGAGAGAGAAGGAAAUCCGUAUUACUCCACAGCUAGGCUCUGGGAUGAUGGUAUUAUUGAUCCUGCUGAUACCAGAAAAAUUCUUGGGCUCAGCAUCUCUGCAUCAAUGAAUCAUCCAUUAGAAGAUACCAAAUAUGGUGUAUUUAGGAUGUAAUCGUACUCAUUAACUCCAAACCUGCAAUCUCUCCUCCCCCAGCCAACAAACACCAAAAGGGAAGAAAGGAACAUGUAAAAAAACAAGGAAAUAAUGUAAUGAAAACCUCUAUAAGAGCGUAAUGCAGCUCAUAAUCAUUAAUCAAUUGCUUCAAAUGUUAAGAUACUGUUAUCAAAGGACAUUAACUUUUGCAAUGUUCAGGUUUCAGUGUCUUUUCUUGAA